AUGGCUCCCGGCAGAGAGAGUUUCGACAACAUCUACCUCGACCUUUCCAAGGACAGCGGGAAAUGCCGGUUUUCUGAGAACGGCCUCGGCUGGAAGCCGUCUGGCGGCGGCAACACCUUCACCCUCGAGCGCGGCGAGAUCGCCAACGCCCAGUGGAGUCGCGCUGCCAAGGGCUACGAGGUCAAGAUCAUCAAGCGGUCCUCCGAGAUCGUCCAGAUCGAUGGCUUCCUCGAGGAGGACCUGUCGCGCAUCAGCAAGAUCUUCAAGAACUGGUACAGCGUGAACCUCGAGACCAAGGAGCACGCCCUGCGAGGCUGGAACUGGGGUAAGACCGAGUUCACCAAGGCAGAGCUGGUCUUCAACGUCCAGAACCGCCCCGGCUUCGAGAUCCCCUACUCGGAAAUCACAAAUACAAACUUGGCCGGCCGCAACGAGGUCGCCAUCGAGUUCGCCGCCUCGGACGAGGCCGACACCGGCACCAACGGUCACCUCGGCGGCGCGCGCGGCAAGGGCAAGAAGUCGGGCGCCGGCGCUGACCAGCUCGUCGAGAUGCGUUUCUACGUCCCCGGCGUCACCACCCGCAAGGAGACAGAGGGCGAGGAGGCCGGUAGCGACGCCGAGGGCGGCGAAGAGAAGAACGCCGCCACCCUGUUCUACGAAACCCUCAUCGACAAGGCCGAGAUUGGCGAGACCGCCGGAGACGCCAUCGCCACCUUCCUCGAGGUCUUGCACCUCACCCCCAGAGGUCGUUUCGACAUCGACAUGUACGAGAGCUCCUUCCGCCUGCGCGGCAAGACAUACGACUACAAGAUCCAGUACGACCACAUCAAGAAGUUCAUGGUGCUGCCCAAGCCCGACGACCUGCACUGCAUGCUUUGCAUCGGCUUGGAUCCCCCCCUGCGCCAGGGUCAGACGCGCUACCCCUUCUUGGUCAUGCAGUGCAAGAAGGACGAGGAGGUCACCAUCGACCUGAACCUCACCGAGGAGCAGCUGGAGGCCAGCUACAAGGACAAGUUACAGUCACACUACGAACAGCCUCUGCACCAGGUUAUCACUUACUGUUUCAAGGGCCUGGCCAACAAGAAGAUCGUCUCCCCCGCAAAGGACUUUGUGACCCACAGACAGCAGACGGGUAUCAAGUGCUUUAUCAAGGCGAGCGAGGGCUUCCUAUACUGCCUGGAGAAGGCCUUCAUGUUCGUCCCCAAGCCUGCGACAUAUAUCUCCUAUGACCAGACCGCCAGCGUCACCUUCUCUCGCGUAGGAGGUGCUGUCUCGACGCUUUCGACAUUCGAUAUCACCGUUCACAUGAAGGGCGGCAGUGCUGCGACCCAAUUCAGCAACAUUAAUCGUGAGGAUCUGAAGGCGCUCGAGGAUUUCUUCAAGCACAAGGGUCUGCGGGUUAAGAACGAGAUCGAUGAAGACGCCAACCUGAUUGCGGCUGCCCUACGUGAUAACGCCAUGUCUGAUAGUGAGGACGAAGUUGUAGGCGCACGCGCUGACCGCGGUUCUGCCGAUGAGGAUGAGGAGAGUGUGGACGAGGACUUCAGAGCAGACUCCGAGUCGGAUGUCGCCGAGGAGUACGACUCGGCCCACGAGUCGAGUGGUAGCGGUAGCGGCGAGUCUGACGUCGAUAACGCGGACGAGGAGAUGGCGGAUGCUGACGACGAAUAA